AUGUUUAAAGUCAGUAGCCCGGAUGCUGAGGAUGGGCUUGUAAAUGAUACAGGCAAUACAUAUUUUCCGAUGGACGAACCUUUUAAUGAGCCGUCAUCGCUCAAAAAUCUUACGUCGUUUAUAGAUAUGGAGCACGCUCAAAUCAAGAGAAUUGCUCGCACUCAAAUUGGGGGUAGAAAGAAAGGAAUUAUAGCUUUCCUUGCAAGCAACUCUGAUGGAUCAGAAAUGAGAAUAUGUUGCUGGAUCGAUGAAGGUUCUAAGGAAAAAAACCAUUUUAUGAGCUCAGGCUCAGCUUCAUGA